UCAGGACUAGGGGAUUUUUCCAGUGCUGAAGACGUCUCUCAAAACAAAAGAAAGAAACAUGCAUUGAACAGAACUUUAUUUGACUGAGGCUGUAUGACAAGCUGUCAAUGGACGAAAUCUUCUUUUUCUUGGCACACAGGUACAAUAACUUUUGAUGAUGACACCUCACUGGGAAUAUUUCAAAGAAGAUAUCACCAUCUAAAGCAAUCAAUGUCUAAUAUUCACUGCAGAUCCUUUGUUUCAUAAACGACUCCAACAGAACUCGGCACCUAUAAAAAUGAACAACACAACAUGUACAAAUAUUGAUUUUAAUUCUGAUGUGGUAUUCUUAUCUGUCCUUUACGGUUUUGUUUUUUGUAUUGGUCUUCCCAUUAAUUUAUUAGCACUUUAUGGUCUUUACUGCAUGAUCAAGUCUGAAAACAUUCUUCCAGUGUUUGUUAUCAAUCUGCUUUUGUCAGAUCUGCUUCAAAUCCUCACCUUACCUUUAUGGAUUGACUACUACAGAAAGGGCCAUAAGUGGAUUUUUGGGGGAGUAUCUUGUCCUGUGAGUGGUGUCAUGUACUGGAUCAACCAAACUACUAAUACUUUUUUCAUAUUCACAAUUUCUUUGGAACGGUAUGUGGCUGUUGUCCAUCCUCUAAGGUUUCAAAGUCACCAAAAACUCAGAAACUCAUGCUUAAUUUGUAUAAGUGCUUGGCUGAGUAUUUCCUUGCUGACAUCUAUAGCUUAUCUUCUGGGGUUUGAUCAUAGUACCAAAGAAGGUCUGUGUUUAGAGAGUUAUCCUUCAGAGAAAGGUUACACUAUCUUCCGAUUAAUCACUUUAACAUUUACUUUUCCCUUGCCACUGCUUGUUUUACUGAUUUUACAUGAUAAAACUCGGAAGGUCAUUAACAAAUCUUUAUCAGUUCCGGAAAAUGAAAAGAAAAGGAUAAAACGCUUAUUUUGUGUUGUAUUAUUCAUAUUUGUCAUAGGACUUGGGCCUUACCAUGUAACCAGUUAUGUUAAAUUUGUCGGAGUGCUUUUUUCUGAUAAUAUUUGCAAUUUUAAGGCUAAAAUGUUUCUUUACUUCCAGAUAUCUCUUGGCUUACUAAGCUUAAACAACCUAAUGGAUCCCAUCUUAUAUAUUUUCGUUUGUAAAGAUGUUCGUAAGGAACUGUCUGGGGUUUUUAACUGCUUGAAUAGGUAUCAUAAUACAGUAAAAUAAUUAAUAAAUUACAGAUGUACAGAAACUGGUAAAUAUAUGCAGUGUAACAGCUUUAUUCUUAUAACGAAUAGGUUAAAUUAUAUAUGAAAAGCUCUUAACUUUCUUGCAAAAUCAAAGCUCUCUGUAGCAGUCAUUGAGUAAAUUCUCAUUAAUGUUAUAUUCGAUAUUUGUUAGAUUAGAUUACGUUAGAUUAGGUUAGUUAGAUACUUAAUUAUUCACAAGGAAAAAUUCAGAUGCAUGCAUCAGUGGAAACAUAAAAAGCAAAGAUACAGACUCACAGGACAAAUGAUACAAUCUUUAAAUAGAUACAUAGAUAAAUAACUAUGACAUAAGUUGUGCAGAAAAAGCAAAACACAUACAAGGAAACUUAAAAGUACUUAGUCUGGGACAUUUGGAGGAAGCAUUGAAUCUCCUGAUACCAGCAAGUAGAAACAAUCCCCAGAGGCAUUUCUUAGCACACAAUAGAGGCAUUAGUCUGUAGCUAAGAGUGCUCCAAGACAGCACCACCUGGAGGGGAUUUUUCAGUUUUGCUACAUUUCUCUUUCCCAUGGUAUCUUCUAGUAGAUAGAUAGAUAGAUAGAUAGAUAGAUAGAUAGAUAGAUA